AUUAAUGUCUUUAAAGAGUCAUGAUCGUCAAAAGAUUUUGAGCAUAGAGCAAAAUGCGGGCCUUACAAAAGAGUAGUAUGAAAAAAAAUAUUUAUUUCAUCGUUUAAAAGAAAGAUUUUUACAUAGCUCUGAUUUAUCACUUGAAACAAUCACCCCAGAAGGACAUGAAAACAUUUACAUACCAAUGGACAUUCAGACUCCGACUUAAGCAGAUGGCUUGAGUUAUGAGGAUGAAUAGGCUCUUAGGAUGCACGGUGCUUAAAUUUGUUUCCAAGCCUGCAAUCACUUAAAAUUACCAUUAACAACAGCCAUUACAAGCUUAGUAAUAUUUCAUAGAUUUUUUGCGAAGUAUUACCAAUGAUGUCAAAAUAUUUAGGAAUUCUUUCGUGGAUUUUGAUUACCGCGAAAUUUCAAUGGCUUCAUUGUAUUUGGCAGGCAAGGUUGAAGAAACUUUACUGAAAACAUGGUAUAUAGCAGGUGCAUUUAGCUCUGUGUUUCAAAAAUAAAAAUAAGCUCCAUUGUAAAAUUAAUAUUUAUGUCUAGGGACAUCAUAAUUAAAUAAGAAAAACUAAUUCUUAAGGAACUGGGAUUUGAAUUAUUUAGAGUUUCAGAUCAUCCGCAUAAGUUCAUAGAAUCAUUUUAUCAUUUUAUUAAGGUCGAUAAGCAGGUGGCUCAAAAGGCUUGGUAUUACUUGAACGAUUCAUACAUGACUGAUUUAUGCGUACAUUUUCCACCUUAAGUUAUUGCAGCAGGAGCAUUGUAUUUAGCAUUGAGGGUCUGUAAUCAUCCCAUGCCCACUUAACCAUGGUGGAUUUUGUUAGAAGCUACUUUGGCUUAAAUAGAGUAAGUAGCUGCCACCAUAUAUAAUAUUUAUGAAUUCGAAAAGAUGGAUUUUAGACAAGCAAGAAGAAUCUUAGCUAAAGCCAAUAGAGUAGCUUAUGUAAUUUAACAUAGCGAAAUCUAUGGCUUGCUUGAAAAGAUUGAAAGACCUUUGGAAACAAAAAAGUAGAAUUCUAUUUAACCAUCCUAAUAAUAACCUUAAUAACCUCAAUAAUAAAUUCAAUCAGAGUAAACGUAAACUAAUAAAGAUAAAUAAGAGCCAUCACCUAAUAAUAAAGAAAAAAAAAGUAUAAAAAAAAAAAGUAAAUCUAAGGAAAAAAAAAGCAAGGAUAAAAAAAAAAAAAUCUGAAAAGAAGAAAAACAAGGAAAAGGAAAAAGAAAAAGAAAAGAAAAAAGAGGAUAAAAAAAAGAAAAAGAAGUAAAUAUAUAAUUACUAUUUUAUUAGAAGUCGUUCCAGAAGCAAAUCUAAUGAUAAAAAAUUAUCAAAAAAGUAAAAAAAGAAAGAAAAGGAAAAGGAGAAGGAAAAAGAAAGAGAGAGAGAAAGGGAGAGAGAAAGAGAUAAAGAAAGAGAGAAAGAAAAAGAAAAUGGGAAGGAUAUAAAAGAAAACAAUAAAGAUAAGGAUAUCUAAAAAAAUGAUUAAGAGAAACCAUCAGUAGAUCAAAAUUCAAAAAAAGAAUAAGAUCAAUAAUUAGAUAGAGGUAUGAUUAAAUCCAAUAUGGAGAUUGAGAAUGAAAUUGAACANAGUUAUGAGGAUGAAUAGGCUCUUAGGAUGCACGGUGCUUAAAUUUGUUUCCAAGCCUGCAAUCACUUAAAAUUACCAUUAACAACAGCCAUUACAAGCUUAGUAAUAUUUCAUAGAUUUUUUGCGAAGUAUUACCAAUGAUGUCAAAAUAUUUAGGAAUUCUUUCGUGGAUUUUGAUUACCGCGAAAUUUCAAUGGCUUCAUUGUAUUUGGCAGGCAAGGUUGAAGAAACUUUACUGAAAACAUGGUAUAUAGCAGGUGCAUUUAGCUCUGUGUUUCAAAAAUAAAAAUAAGCUCCAUUGUAAAAUUAAUAUUUAUGUCUAGGGACAUCAUAAUUAAAUAAGAAAAACUAAUUCUUAAGGAACUGGGAUUUGAAUUAUUUAGAGUUUCAGAUCAUCCGCAUAAGUUCAUAGAAUCAUUUUAUCAUUUUAUUAAGGUCGAUAAGCAGGUGGCUCAAAAGGCUUGGUAUUACUUGAACGAUUCAUACAUGACUGAUUUAUGCGUACAUUUUCCACCUUAAGUUAUUGCAGCAGGAGCAUUGUAUUUAGCAUUGAGGGUCUGUAAUCAUCCCAUGCCCACUUAACCAUGGUGGAUUUUGUUAGAAGCUACUUUGGCUUAAAUAGAGUAAGUAGCUGCCACCAUAUAUAAUAUUUAUGAAUUCGAAAAGAUGGAUUUUAGACAAGCAAGAAGAAUCUUAGCUAAAGCCAAUAGAGUAGCUUAUGUAAUUUAACAUAGCGAAAUCUAUGGCUUGCUUGAAAAGAUUGAAAGACCUUUGGAAACAAAAAAGUAGAAUUCUAUUUAACCAUCCUAAUAAUAACCUUAAUAACCUCAAUAAUAAAUUCAAUCAGAGUAAACGUAAACUAAUAAAGAUAAAUAAGAGCCAUCACCUAAUAAAAAAAAAAAAAAAAGUAUAAAAAAAAAAAGUAAAUCUAAGGAAAAAAAAAGCAAGGAUAAAAAAAAUAAAUCUGAAAAGAAGAAAAACAAGGAUAAGGAAAAAGAAAAAGAAAAGAAAAAAGAGGAUAAAAAAAAGAAAAAGAAGUAAAUAUAUAAUUACUAUUUUAUUAGAAGUCGUUCCAGAAGCAAAUCUAAUGAUAAAAAAUUAUCAAAAAAGUAAAAAAAGAAAGAAAAGGAAAAGGAGAAGGAAAAAGAAAGAGAGAGAGAAAGGGAGAGAGAAAGAGAUAAAGAAAGAGAGAAAGAAAAAGAAAAUGGGAAGGAUAUAAAAGAAAACAAUAAAGAUAAGGAUAUCUAAAAAAAUGAUUAAGAGAAACCAUCAGUAGAUCAAAAUUCAAAAAAAGAAUAAGAUCAAUAAUUAGAUAGAGGUAUGAUUAAAUCCAAUAUGGAGAUUGAGAAUGAAAUUGAACACACUAAAAACAACAACAAUAACUAGUAAUAACAUUUAAAAGGUAACGAAUAAAUUAGAGAUGACAAUAUCCACCAAAAUUCACUGGCAUCUCAAGAGUCUUAGUUUUAGGCAUAACAAACUAACCAAGAUGAUUAGUAGCAAAAUAUUAUACCUAUAGAUGACUAAUCGAAAGUGUAAUUGCCUUUAUAGAGUAAAUAGGAUUUCAUAGCUCAAAUGAAAGCAUUACUAAAAACCUAAUAACUACAGAAAAUUGAUGAUGUUGAAAAGAAGGAUAAAGAAGUUGAGAACAAUUAAGUAGAAAAACAAUCUCCAAAUGAAUAGGAUUCAGAAGAGGAUCAAUAACUUAAUGCAAUUAAAUUAAAAAGUAAGUUUAUUGUUAAUGAUGUAGUUUUAGCAAAAAAAAGGAAUGAAUAAUGAGCUCUGUUAUAU